AGUACAAUCCCCACUUCCCCUUCAUCCCUCCACUCUCUGCUUCCGCUUUCCAUUUCUCUCUCUCAAUCAUGUUGGCCAAAGGGCAACGUCCGGUCAUCGGAAGGCUAUCGGAGCUCCUAGUCUCCCGCUGCCGACCCUCCUUCCUCGACGCCGGCGCUCCCAGCAGCCCCACUUCCCCUUUCGACCUCUCCCCUUCUCCCAGACCCAAUCUCAAAAAUUACACUGCCGGCGUCGGACUCGGCAUCGUCGCCGCCCUCGACACUUCCACAUCCGCCGUCCGUGGAUCUGAAAUUUUAGUCAAACACGCCGUCUGCAGCCCUAAAUUGACCUCCCCUCGCCGCCCUGUUCCGAUCCCAAUCGGAUUAGUCGGUGGGUCGUUCUCACCGGAGGAAGACGACGAACUCGACAACGUGGAAGACGAGAAUUUCACUUACGUCACAACUCGUGGACCUCUUGAAUCAUCCACACGCGUCUACUACAACGGCGGUCUCGUCGCUGGUGGGUGUUGCCGGAAACCCCCUCCGUCGUUGAAACCCGCCGAUAAACCUCCGCCGCGUCGGACCCCCGAUUUCCUCCGAUCUUGUCACUCGUGUGGGAAAAAUCUAGAGGGGAAAGACAUAUACAUGUACAGAGGGGAAUCGGCGUUCUGUAGCCCGGAGUGCCGGUCGAGUCAAAUAAUGAAGGAUGAGAUCAAGGAACGGUGUCGGUCGGAAGCGAGAUCACCGGCGGAGUCUCUGCCAAAUUCGCCGUAUAACAGAGGAAUUUUCUCGACUGGGAUUCUUGCGAUUUAGGUAAAUGAAGCAGAGGAAGAAGAAGGCGGAAACCGCCAUGGCAGAGUAGAUAGAAAACUUAGAACACGGCUACUAGUUUGGCUGAUUCUUGUAUAAUAAUUAAACAGAGAAACAGAGAAACAGAGAAUUUUGUUCGUAAUAUCAAAUCUGAGAAGCUGAUUUUAUUAAAA